CACGCCUAGAUACCGAAGAUCUACAUUCUCUUCGACUCUUCCUCACAAACAACGAAGCCACUGUCUGGAUAAUCGAAGAAAACACCAUGGACGAACCUAAGAAGCACCAGGUGUCGCUGCGGGGAGCGAGCGCGAAGGAGAUAUCAAGGGAUGCUCUUCUUGAGAGAGUAUCCCAAGAAAGGGAGCUCCGGAAUUAUACGAGGCGAGCUACGGCAGCUGCACUGUUUAUACAGGUUCAAUUCUUCGUAUGA